GCGUGGAUGAAGCACAUGAAGAAAUAAUAACGUUUGGUUGGUGGUGUGAGGAACAGUAAGGAAGAGUAGCAGAGUGAGUCAGAGAUGGCCGCCUUUACACUUCCCUUUCAUCUCCGUCUCUGUUCUUCUUCCUCGGCUUCUUCGUCUCUAUCAUUUUCACCGCUGAUUCACAGACUCCCAAACACAGCUGCUCCCACUACUCAAAUCUGCUCAAAGAGAAAUGCAAAACCAAGCCUCAUUUCCUGCUCUGCUCAGUCUCAACCUCAACCUUUGCAAGAGCAGACGGUGGAGUCUGGUGGUGAUGUCGUGAGAGAAAGAAGUGUGUCGGUUGUCCUGUUGGCCGGAGGGCAGGGCAAGAGGAUGGGAGCUAUCGUACCAAAGCAGUAUCUUCCUCUUUUCGGUCAACCCAUUGCUUUGUUUAGUUUCCACACUUUUUUUCACAUGUUUGAAGUGAAAGAAGUCGUUGUGGUUUGUGAUCCUUCGUACAGAGACGUUUUUGAAGAUGCGAAGGGAAAUUAUGAAGCGGAACUCAAAUUUGCACUGCCUGGAAAAGAAAGACAGGAUUCUGUUUACAAUGGCCUUCAGGCUGUUGAUCCGAGCUCUGAGCUUGUUUGCAUUCAUGAUUCUGCAAGACCUUUGGUGUUAUCAAGCGAUGUGAGAAAGGUCCUUGCAGAUGGAUUAUCGAAUGGAGCUGCGGUUCUUGGUGUUCCUGUGAAGGCCACAAUCAAAGAGGCAAACAGUGAAUCAUUUGUUGUUAAAACGUUGGACAGAAAAACACUAUGGGAGAUGCAGACCCCACAGGUUAUUAAGCCUGAGUUGCUGAGGAAAGGCUUUGAGCUUGUAAACAGAGAAGGUCUUGAAGUUACCGAUGAUGUCUCAAUUGUUGAGCACCUUAAGCAUCCUGUUUAUAUCACUGAAGGAUCUUAUACCAACAUUAAGGUUACUACGCCUGAUGACAUGUUACUGGCUGAGAGAAUAUUGAAUGUUGAUUCCGAAGAAAGUAUAGUGUUGCCAAUUCACCUUUGAAGGGAGAUCAUCGAUUAAUUUUUUUUCAUUAUAGAUUGAUUACUUUUGAUUCCGCUAGGUGCAUGCCAAGUGUUCCUGCAUGUUAGCCAAAAUCCUCUUCAAAUUGUAAUGCACCGUGCCAUCAGAUUGUAACGAUCACACGUGAUAUGGUCUUGUUUAUCAUGACUUUCUGAUUUUUGCAAUAGAUAUUUUUGUAAUAAAA